UUUCACCCAUAGGCCGUGACCGUCUCCCAGGGUUGAGCGACCGACCGGAUCUAGCGUACACGGAGGCCGUGCUACAUGAGAGUAUGCGCAUCGCCACCGUGGCCCCCACCGGCGCCUGGCACGAAACACUUUGUGACACAUCCAUAGGAAGUUACAAAAUCCCUAAAGGCACGCCGGUGAUUAUCAACCACUGGGCCUUGCACCACGACCCGGAUGCCUGGGACGAGGUUGAGAAGUUUAAACCCGAGCGCUACCUGGACGAGCACGGGAAGCUCGGACCAAAACCCAAGAGCUGGCUCCCCUUUGGAGCAGGCAAACGAGUGUGCCUGGGAGAGUUCGUUGCAAAACCAGAGUUGCACCUGAUCUUCGCGAGCUUAUUACAGCGUUAUCGGUGGUCGGCAGAGCCAGAACGCGUUGUGGACAUCUCGCCCGAGAAAAGCCCGAUGUCAAACACUCCAAAGGCGCAGAAACUCCGGAUGGAAAGGCGGAUAUAAAUCUAUAUUUAUAGGGGGGACAUAUAUUGUAGUCUGGCUAUUUUAUAUUUUGAGACAUGACAAUAUGCAGGCAUUUAAUAAUGUGAUGUAUGUGUACAUAAUCGAACUUUGAUAAAGUUAAAAGUUAUAGGCAUGAUUUCAUAUUCCGUAUAAAAUAAAUUAUUUUUAAUAAACUGUUAUAUUUACUAAUAAAAGUUUAUAAA